GUAUAAGCACACCAUUACUUAUAUUUCAACUUGCGCUGUUCUUUCAGAGUGAUAAAUCCCAUUCGCUAGGCGAGCAACAAGAAGAAGCAGUGCUUUAAACAUUUGGAAAACCGCCGUUGUUGUUGGUUUUUGAUACGCAAGUAUUGCUGUAUUAGGCGAAUAAUUACAUCGAAUUUGUAUACAAGAUGUUUCUAACCCGCUCCGAGUAUGACCGUGGUGUAAAUACCUUCUCCCCCGAGGGACGCCUGUUCCAGGUCGAGUAUGCUAUUGAGGCCAUCAAAUUCGGAUCCACUGCCAUCGGAAUCAGCACUCCAGAGGGUGUUGUAAUGGCGGUUGAGAAGCGAAUUACCUCAUCCCUGAUGGAACCGUCUAAGGUGGAAAAGAUCGUAGAAGUAGAUCGUCACAUCGGUUGCGCUACCUCGGGCCUGAUGGCUGAUUCGCGAACCCUGCUCGACCGGGCCCGGGUUGAAUGCCAGAACCACUGGUUUGUGUACAACGAGCGCAUGUCGGUGGAAUCUUGUGCACAGGCCGUUUCGAAUGUAGCUAUUCAGUUUGGGGAUGGUGAUGAUACGGACUCGGCAAUGAGCCGACCUUUUGGCGUAGCUAUUCUAUUUGCCGGCAUCGAGAACGGAGAGCCACAGCUCUGGCACAUGGAUCCUUCGGGGACGUACAUACGGUUCGAUGCGAAAGCGAUCGGGUCCGGCAGUGAGGGAGCACAACAGAAUUUGCAGGAGUACUACCUGCCCACGAUGACAAUUAAGGAGGCGAUCAAUUUAGCACUUAGUACAUUGAAGCAAGUCAUGGAAGAAAAGCUCAAUUCGAUCAAUGUGGAAGUCAUGACUAUGACUCCAAAGAAUCUGUUCCGGAUGUUUAGCAAGGAAGAGGUGGAAGAAUAUAUCAACAGCAUGAGCUAAAUAGAUACACAAACCUGACCUGAGGCUUUCACGCGUCCAUCCAUGCAUAUUUCCACUGGUUAACUGGUAUUUGAAAGAAGAACGGGAUGCUUCUUGAAGCGCAUUUCGACCUAACGGUCGAGGACCGGAUCGCUAUCACAUACUUCAUGGUUCAUUCGCGCGUGAAAUGCAUCCGGAGAAGGCAAAGUAAGACUUGUACGCGGCAUCAAGGGAGAAUAAAAUUUGGU